UGUCGUUUUCGUUUGUGAAUAGUGAACUCAGUUUUCUUCCCAUCGUGUGCAAGUCGUGCAGUGAUUAAAUCGAACUUUCUGAUUUCAUACUCAAAUAAUUGUGUUAAUUAUCAAUUUAUUUAACAAAAAAUAAACAAAUUUAAUAAAGAUAUAACUUCAACAAAAUGGCUCUUAAAGUGCUCGUUGGCCAAAAAAUCAUGAAUGAGGUGGUAAAGUACAAACCUCCAGCUAAUCCAAAAAAGGGUGCAGCAGCUGCAGCUAAACCAGCGGCAGGAGGCGUAGAAUGGCGAGUUCUUGUCGUAGAUAAGUUAGCCAUGCGAAUGGUCUCGGCUUGUACUAAGAUGCACGAGAUAAGUGCCGAAGGAAUAACUUUGGUUGAAGACAUCAACAAAAAACGUGAGCCACUUCCAACAAUGGAAGCCGUAUAUCUAAUUACGCCAUCUGAAGAAUCUGUAAAGGCGCUCAUGCGUGAUUUUGAGAAUCCUGCACGUCCGAUGUAUCGUUAUGCCCAUGUGUUUUUCACUGAAGCUAUUCCCGAUGAUGUAUUUGAGAUAUUAGAGUCAUACAGGGAUAUAACUGGAAAAUUAGUUGCCAAGAAGUACAUAAAGACCUGUAAAGAAAUCAAUAUAGCAUUUAUAGCUUACGAAGAUAAGGUAUUCUCUCUUGAUUCUCCGGAUACAUUCCAAUGCCUUUAUUCGCCAGCAUUUGCUUCGAUUCGUGCCAAGCACCUUGAACGCAUCGCCGAACAAAUUGCAACUCUUUGUGCUACAUUAGGGGAAUAUCCAAUGUUGCGCUAUCGUUCCGAUUGGGACAAAAAUGUGGAUCUCGCUGCAUCGGUCCAACAGAAAUUAGAUGCAUAUAAAGCUGAUGAACCAACUAUGGGUGAGGGGCCUGAAAAAUCACGCUCCCAGUUGCUUAUCUUGGAUCGUGGUUUCGAUUGUGUGUCUCCAUUGUUGCACGAACUUACUCUUCAAGCUAUGGCUUAUGAUCUACUAGAAAUCGUCAAUGAUGUUUACAAGUACACUCCAGCACCGAAUGCUCCCGACAAGGAGGUACUUCUAGACGAAAACGAUGAGUUAUGGAUUGAACUUCGUCAUCAGCAUAUCGCUCUCGUUUCAACGCAAGUAACACAGAAUUUGAAGAAAUUUACAGAUUCGAAACGAAUGACUUCAACCGAUAAGUCAUCCAUGCGUGAUCUCUCACAAAUGAUCAAGAAAAUGCCACAAUAUCAAAAGGAAUUGUCCAAAUAUGCAACUCAUUUGCAUUUAGCUGAAGAUUGCAUGAAAUCUUAUCAAAAUUACGUUGAUAAACUGUGCCGCGUCGAACAAGAUUUAGCCAUGGGUACUGAUGCUGAAGGAGAAAAAAUUAAGGAUCACAUGCGAAAUAUUGUUCCCAUACUCCUUGAUCAGACCGUUCCAAAUUGCGAUAAAGUUCGCAUAAUAGCCCUCUAUGUGAUGAUUAAAAAUGGUAUUUCAGAAGAAAAUCUAACCAAACUUUUCACACACGCCCAAUUGGGUCCAAAGGAACAAGAUAUGGUUAGGAAUUUAAGCUUUUUGGGUGUUAAUGUUAUUGCAGAUAGUCGUAAGAAACCAUAUACAGUUCCCAGAAAGGAACGCAUCACGGAACAAACUUAUCAGAUGUCUCGUUGGACACCAGUCAUUAAAGAUGUAAUGGAAGAUUGUAUUGAAGAUAAACUUGAUCAGAGGCACUUUACAUAUUUGUCUGGUCGUGCACAGAAUGCUACAUAUCAUGCACCAACAAGCGCUCGUUAUGGUCACUGGCAUAAGGAUAAGGCUCAGACAGCUGUAAAGAACGUCCCCCGACUAAUUGUUUUUGUUGUUGGUGGUGUCAGUAUGUCUGAAAUGCGAUGCGCAUACGAGGUGACAAACGCAGUCAAAAAUUGGGAAGUAAUAGUUGGUUCAUCACAUAUUCUUACGCCUGAAACAUUCCUUUCUGACUUGGGAAGUCUAUCCAAAGAAGACUAGACUUCAAUGGAUAACUAAGAAGUUAAAUUUCCACAUAACAAUUAAAAAAAGAGAGUCGAAAUUAAGGUUAAAAUAAAACUCUCAUUAAAUUAAUUUAUUUCUUCUUUAACUCAAUAACCACAAAAAACGGAAAAUAAUAAAUAAACAAUAUCCAAAAAAAAAACAAAGUUAUAAUCAAAAUCUAUGUGCGUCGGAAUAAUUCUUUAUAUAUUACUACACAGCAUAAAUAUUUGUUGAUUAAUUUAUACAUAUUAUAUUAUUUAAAACGUGAUAAAUCAAUCUUACAUACAUCUAGAAAUAUUAAGUUAUAUCUUACAAAAAAGUUGUAGUUCCAAUAAAAUGUGUGUAAGAUAAAAGUGUAAAAUUUACGUUUAAGGUGCUUUCAAAUUAUUGUAUUAUUAUUGUUGUUUUUAGUUUAUAAAUUAAUAUGAUUUAGUAAACGUCUUAGAACAUUAAAACUUAAACCCCUUAUUGUAUCAAAUAAUAUCCUGAAUUAAUUUGUCAUUUUUUAUCAAACACUUUGGUAUCUCCUUCUUUUAUGAAAUUUCUCAAAUUGAAAGUCAUAAGUUUUCUAAUCGAUUGUUUUUGGUGGGAGUAGAAAGAUGAUAUAAGAGUUUCAUAAGUUAGGCAAACAAUAAUGGAAAAUAGGAACAUAUUUCGUUAAUUGACUUGUUUUGGCAGCAAAAGUUAAUGUUUUAAAAAUAUUUAUUAAAAUGGAGAAAGUUAAGCUUGUUAUCAAAUAGACUCAAAAAUUUGCAAGUCUUCUCACAACAAAUCAAGAGUUAACAUCAUACAAGUGAUUUCAAAACCGAGUUGUCGGAAAAUUCACAAAACAUCAAAAUGCAAUUACAUACUUUUAGUCUUCUUUUGCAUAUUUUGAUCUUCUGAAGAUAUAAUUAGGAUAAUUAUUUCAAGCAGUAAUUUUUUCUUGGAAUCGUAGUUUUUUUCGAUAUACAAAAAAAGUAUAAACAUCAAACAAAUUAGCAGUAUUUUUUAGAAUAGAAGCAGAAGCGAUACCUAUUUUUCCCUCCACCUCCUGUAAUUUUUUUGAUGAUUUUAUGCUGAAUGAUUUGAACAUUUAUAUUAUUUGGUGUCCAAAAAGUAUGAUUUUUUGAUACUUCAGUCCUUACUAACUGUACUUAGAUAUGUAUCCAGAAAAAAAUAAUCUUUUUUUACAAUAAAGUAAAGAGAUAAACAGGAUAUGACAGUUUUCAAAAAUCUUAAUUCAUUAUUUUAUAAUGAUUUCGAUGUUAAAAAAAAAUAAAACCUGAACACAAAUUGAAUUUAAACGAAACAAUUAAAAAGAAAAUGUCCGUUGAUUUGUUCAAAAUGUUUUUUUUUUAUUGUCUGCUUUUGUAACUUAACAUAAUUUCUUUAGUAAAUUCAAAAUAAUAUUUUUCAAAUCAUAAAAUGUUGUUAAAAAAUAUUUACAUACAAAAUUAUAAUAUAAAAUAAUUAACCCUUUUACUAAUUACAUUACAAAAUAUUAAAUAUUAAAAAUUUGUUUCCAAAGUUA